AUGUCUCGACAGGCUCCCAAGGAUAUGGCGAGAGAGCGAGCUGCCGCUGAUUUUAAUAUUGAGGCGCUGGCUAUGUUAUGGGCUGGUGGAGAGAAGCAAUACAGGCUGGUUCAAAAAGCCUAUGGGAUUAUCAAGGAUGACCCCUUGUUAGUUGUUCAGGCACCUCGUAAUUUUUUAGAGCUCUCCAAGGAUGAAAUGCGUGAAUUUACGAUGGGGCAAAUAUUCCGAGUGAUUCAAUUUAUGAAGGAAACAGAGGAUAAAGAAUUGGCACAUGAAGUUGGUAUGGCUACCAAUGUUUAUUCUGAAAGUUUUUCAAUGCGAUUCUUUGUGCAUGAUUCACUUUUUCGUAAUGUUGUCAACAUGUUGGGAAAUAAAGAGCAGCAAGAUCGGUAUAAUGAUGAUAUCAGCAAUUUUAGAAUUUUCGGAUGCUUUGCUAUGACCGAGUUGGGACAUAGCUCUGCAUUAAGAGAUAUUGAAACAACGGCCACGUAUGACUUUGCUACUGAUGAAUUUAUCAUUGAUUCUCCUACAAUCACAGCAACGAAAUGGUGGAUUGGUAUGUCUGGACAGACGGCUACGCAUACUGUUGUGAUUGCACAAACCUUGGUGGAUAAGAAAAAUGUGGGACUGAACUGGUUUGUGGUUCCACUUCGUAGUAAAUAUACGGGCGAAUUAGAACCUGGAAUUCAGAUUGGUGAUAUUGGAGCCAAAGUAGGCCAUGCGGGACUUGAUAAUGGAUGGAUUCAGUUCCGAGAAAAGCGUAUUCCACGUCAUGACAUGCUGGCAAAAUGGGUUAGUUUGAAUCGACAAGGAGAGUUUACGCCAGCUCCUAAUCCAGCUGUCAUGUAUGCGACUUUGAUCCCUGAACGCUUGUCCUUAAUCACGGGUACGACUCAAAUUAUUUCCCAGGCGCUUGCGAUUGCUACGCGGUAUGGCGUUGUACGUCGUCAAGGCAACAAGAAUCAGCAAAUUAUGGAUUACCAAUCACAUUAUGUCAAGAUUGUGCCUGCUAUUGCGUUCAUGUAUAUGUUGAAGACAGCAGGUGUUACCAUGCAUGAGCAGUUUGCGGUGUUGACGGGAGAUGGUAAAAUGGAUCCUGUGGUCUAUUUGAAUCAUAUGGGUGAUAUGCAUGCUUUGUCUGCAAGUUUGAAAGGGUUGGCUGGAUGGUAUGCGACGGAUAUUCUUGAAACGUGUCGUCGAAGUUGUGGAGGGCAUGCGUACUCUUCAUAUAAUGCGAUUGGACAUAUUAUUGGUGAUUGGGGUGUGAUGACUACGGGUGGUGGAGAUAAUGUAGUGUUAUUACAGCAGUGUGCUCGAUAUCUUUUAUAUCGACUUGAGCAACAGCUUGAAUAUGAUCAAUACCCCGACCUCUUGUUUAAAAGUUCUGGUAGUUACAUCAAGGAUGCUAAAAGAUAUUUGGAGAAUAAGACAUGGGGUACCAAUGAUGCCGGAGAUUGCUUGAAGGAUUUCACCUUGAUCCAGGAAGCCAUGAAUACAAUUUUAGUAAAACGUUUGUAUACAAUUCAACAAGCUCUCAAGAACGGAAGCACGCAUAAUGACGUAUUACUUGAGUCUGUCCGGGUUUCAGAAUUACAUUGUGCCUCAUUUAUAUUUAGUGUGUGUGCUGAAAAGUUUGGACAACAUAAGGGAGCGUCAAAUGAUAUUGAACCCAGCGUGUUGGCCAUUAUGAAAAAACUAACCGCGGUUUGGGGUAUGCAUGUGCUUUAUACGUAUGGAGAUCAAGGGUUCAAGGAAGGGUAUUUUACUCCAGAACAAAUCAACAGUAUUGAAAAGACGUAUUUGGAACUUUGUAAAUCACUUCGUAUGCAAGUGAUUGGACUCACAGAUGGAUUUGGAUUCCCUGAUUUCAUUUUGAAGGCCCCUAUUGCUAGAUAUGAUGGAGAUAUUUAUCAACCAUAUCUUGAAACUUUAAUCGCUUCACCUGGAAGUACGGGGGUUCCUGCUUAUCACGCUAAAUAUAUUAAACCUUUGACGGAACAGGAAAAUCCUAAUGUUCUGAAAAAAUAA